AGCCUCGUUGAAAUCAGCCCCUGCAGGAUCCCGUUCACAGUCACAGGCGCCGGCCAGCACGCACACUCACACUGAGAGCAGGUGGAGGAGAGGCAAUCGACACUAUUCCCGGCUGCUCUCCAGAGUUUACUUGUUGAAUCGCCCCCAGGAGGAGGGGUGGACAGGGCAGACUGGAGAUGGGGAUAUUUGUGUAAAACAGUUCUAUUUUCCCCCAACAUGUCGGUAGGUAGCUCAGGAUGCCUCCAUCAGCUCCCCGCAGAGCACUGGAGACCUGGAGGGACCUAACAAGUUUAAACGUGUUCACUCUCUUGAAAUGUUGCGGAGGACCGUCCAUGAGGUGAAUCGGGAUUCACGGGAGUUGCACACAGGAAAGGUGGAGGGACCCUGAUGCGGUCUUCGACAGGACCAUGUCUUCUUAAUCUGCCACGCUCUUCCAGUCUUUCCAAGUGACCGAGUGACUUGAGUGAAUAUGAUCAAAACGGGCUCCCGGCCGGCCACCACGCUGCCACCGGAUACGAUGGACAUCAUCCGUAGCAAGACCCACUCCCGUCGAGUGAGACUCAACGUCGGGGGCCUUCUCCACGAAGUCCUGUGGAGGACACUGGACAGGCUGCCCCGCACAAGACUGGGGAAACUGAGAGACUGCAACACCCACGACUCUAUCAUGGAGAUAUGCGAUGACUACAGCUUGGAUAACAACGAGUACUUUUUCGACAGACACCCCGGCGCGUUCACUUCCAUCCUGAACUUCUACCGCACCGGAAAGUUGCACAUGAUGGAGGAGAUGUGCGCCCUGUCUUUCAGUCAAGAGCUGGACUUCUGGGGCAUCGAUGAGAUCUACCUGGAGUCCUGCUGCCAGGCCAGGUAUCACCAGAAAAAGGAGCAGAUGAAUGAGGAGCUGAAAAGAGAGGCCGAGAACAUGAGGGAGAGGGAAGGAGAGGUGUUUACAACCACAUGCUGCUCCGAAAAGAGGAAGAAACUCUGGGACCUCCUGGAGAAGCCAAGCUCAUCAUUUGCUGCCAAGAUCCUGGCAAUUAUCUCCAUCCUCUUCAUUGUGUUGUCCACCAUUGCCUUGUCUCUGAACACGCUUCCAGAGCUGCAGGACACAGAUGAGUUUGGUCAACCCACAGACAACCCACAACUGGCCCACGUGGAAGCUGUGUGUAUUGCCUGGUUUACCAUGGAGUACCUGCUCCGUUUCCUCUCCUCCCCCAGUAAAUGGAAGUUCUUUAAAGGUCCUCUGAAUAUUAUUGACCUGCUGGCCAUCCUGCCAUACUACGUCACCAUCUUCCUAACAGAAUCCAACAAGAGUGUGCUGCAAUUUCAGAAUGUCCGUCGUGUGGUUCAGAUUUUCCGGAUCAUGCGGAUCCUGCGUAUUCUGAAGCUGGCUCGUCACUCCACAGGUCUUCAGUCUCUGGGCUUCACUCUCAGGAGGAGCUAUAAUGAGCUGGGCCUGCUCAUCCUCUUCUUGGCCAUGGGCAUCAUGAUAUUCUCCAGUCUGGUGUUCUUUGCAGAAAAGGAUGAAGAGGACACCAAGUUCAAAAGCAUCCCAGCUUCCUUCUGGUGGGCUACCAUUACUAUGACCACAGUAGGGUAUGGAGAUAUCUACCCAAAAACUCUACUGGGAAAGAUAGUUGGAGGUUUGUGUUGCAUCGCUGGAGUACUGGUGAUAGCCCUGCCUAUCCCCAUCAUUGUAAAUAACUUCUCUGAGUUCUACAAAGAGCAAAAGAGGCAGGAGAAAGCUAUUAAAAGAAGGGAGGCCCUGGAGCGGGCCAAGAGAAAUGGCAGUAUUGUGUCUAUGAACAUUAAAGAUGCAUUUGGCCGCAGUGUUGAGCUGAUGGAUGUAAUGGUGGAAAAAGCAGAUGAAAAGAAGGAGAAGGUGCAUGAUAAUCAUGUGUCUCCUUGCCAGCCGAAAGGGACACCCAAACUCAAGUUACAGACCAGCCCCAGCAGCCCCAUGAAGACCCUGGAGUCAAGCUACCAAGAGCAGGCCAAACCCUCUAGCAGCCCUCAGCAUCUCAGUGCACAGAAACUGGAGGAGAUGUACAACAAGAUGGCCAAGACCCAGUCACAACCCAACCUCAACAGCAAGGAGAAAGGACCGCUGUCCAAAGCAGUUAGGCAGAAAGCUGAAUUUGAGAUGGGAAACAUCCCGGCUGAAGCCAUCUCAAGCACAGCGGAGGCAGUGACGGACAUGAGGAGCAUGUCCAGCAUUGACAGCUUCAUCAGCUGCGCCACUGACUUUCCUGAGAGCUCUCGCUUUUCCCACAGCCCCAUCAGCAACAUGCCAGGGAAGGUCAGCACCAACCCCAGCCUGGAGCCCACCUUGGAAAAUGAACAUGAAGGAUCCCAGGGCACCGCUACACCCCUGACAGGACGGGGAACCAAGCCCGGCCCGUAUUCUGGCAGCCCCAAGGGCCUGCACAACAACCCACUCAAAAGCCGAUCGCUCAAGGUCAACUUCAAAGACGGUGAGGAUUCAGGAACAGGGGCCCUCUCAGACAGCUCAUCAGUCCAGAGCCCGGAGGUGUCCGUCUACACGACUGCCAGCAGCAGGACACCCAACAAGAGCCCGGAGAAUUUACUGCCCAGCAUCUUCACAUUCCACGAUGCAUCCAUCAACAAGUUCAUUGAUGCUGACACGGAUGAGGAGGAGCACCUGCAUGACGGUUCAGGCACCAACCCAUCCCAAAGACUCCUGGAAAAAGCUAGCCCUAAGUUUGGCCAUCACUCCAGCUACCAGCAGGAGUCCAACCACAUGGAGGGUCUCCAGAGGAAGCUGGGAAACAGCACACUGCCGUUGGAGGGGCAGGAGAACCAUGUGGUUCAGGAGCUACAGCCACUUCAGGGGGAGCAGAGUCACUCUAACACUUAAAGUUUCAAUAAGUGAGAGACCACUGAGGAAACAGACAGGAGGGGAGGCGCAGAGGGGUUGGAGAGCAAAUAAGAAGCACAGUGGACUUCCUGAAAGUAUGAAAGGCACUGAAAACAUUUCAAGAAUUACAAUACAAAAUACUUCCUAUGAAAAUAAAAUAACUGUGGAAGAUGGGAAAGAUUUUUGUGUUCUGCUCUCCAAUGUUUUCUGGCCAAGGACUCCUUAAAGACUUAGCAGUGGGAUCUGAAGAAUGGCAAGGAAUGCCUGUCUGAUCAUUUUUACUAUUUAUACAUUUGUUUUAGCCCAGAUUGUCAUCUAAAAAUUACAACCUAGUUAUAAGAAGUUAUAAGAGCACGGGAUAUCAUUUUUAUAAUCGAAAACCUAUUUUUCUGACAUCCCUGGAUAAAGCCAAUAGCAAAGGCUGUCCAAUCAGUAGCAAACCAGAGAGGGCAUUGAAACGUGACACUGCACACUGGGAAACACAUUCAGCUGAGAAAUAGUUCAAAUAACUAUGUCGUAGUGUAAAGGCGGAACAUACAUUUUUCUUGAAGUUAUGAUUAUACAUUGUAUGAUUAUGAUUUCACAAACAUGUUGGGAAAAUGUAGAGUUUGCUUCCAUUAACUUCCUUCCUCAAAACUGGCCUUAGUUCAUGUUGUCUCCCAUGUGUUAUGUUUGUGUUUGCAUAGGUGAGAGACACAGGCAAAGAGCACAUACAUAUACAAGUGUGUGCAUUAAUUAUCCUUCAGUAUAUUUAUUGUUGUGUAACGUUAACGGUCUCUUGUCUUAAGCGUGAACUUGAGGAGAAUCAAGUGUUUCAGUCUGAUUCUUUUCAGCAGGAGUUUAGUGUCUUGCUCAUCGAUAUUUUUUACUGCACAGAAAACGUUUAGACGAUCGAGAGACACUGUGAGGCUGCAUCCAUCGAUUUCCUUCUCGUUCUCGUUGUGCCCAACUGCUGGCAAGAGAGAGCACCUUAACAUGAUAAUUAUUUUUAUUAUGAACACAGAAAAAAAAAGGAAAAUGUAUAUUCUUGUUUGUUUACGUAUUUGUUUGUUUGUAGUUGUCUGCGUGUGUCCCUCAGAUUGGUGUAAUCAGAGUUCUUGCUUUGUCUUUUUUUUUUUUAUCUGGAGUAAAUCAAAAAGUCUUAUUAUUUCAAAACUUUCUCAAAGGUGUUUUCGGAGGAGUUGUCAUAUUGUAGCUGAAAAACGUAACUUCAUAUAAAAUGGCAAAGCUUAUGAGUAUCACUAAAGCUAGAAAGACAGCACUGAAAAUCACAAAGAUUUUCUAUGUUGAACUUCCAGAUUUGUAGGUGUGUGAAUAUUGUACAUGUAAAACUACAAAAGUAGAAUAUUACACAUUUAUUGUACAAGGUAAAGAAUCAAAAUCAUUUAUAUUUUUAAGAUAUUUUCUAAAAGAAUGGACUCUUAGACAAAAUAUAUUGUGCUAAUCUCAUAGAUUUACAUUUUGAUUAUGUACUGCAUUAUUUUGAUGGACUUGCAUUUAUUAGACAAUAUACUAUAGUAGAUACAUUUGUAUUGUUUGCUACUGUCUCCCUGUAAACGUCUGUCCCUCUAUCCUUUGUGCAAUGUGAAGAACCAAAGAAUUGUUCUUUCUGAUGACUCAUACAGACGAUAGUAGUUUUACUGUUUUAUCUCAAAAUGUUAGAAAUUUAAGCAUUCCUUUUCUAAACAGCAGAAUCUGACAUAUUUCAGGGAGCCAUACUUGCUCAUUCAGUACAAACAUGUAAGCUGGAGAAUGCACAGAUGACAGGACUGACAUCUGAAGAAGAAAGCUGUUGACGGAGGAUCAGAAAAAAAAAAAAGAAAAAGAAGAAGGACAAUGAAGAGGGAACACAGCACUUUAUUUUACAUCCAUUUCGAAAACUAAUUUGAUUAUUAACACUCUGUGGUUCUUGGCAAGAGGUUCGCUUCCAGAAAUCCAAAACAUUAUACUCGUAUCAGUUCACAUGACAUCUCUUACGAACAUAGAGCCACUUCGCAGCGACGUACAACUCACCACUGAGGCACACAAAAAGCAUGGAGGUACAUCGUGUGUCUGCAGGCCACUUUAGUUCAACCAAAUACCCUGCAUCCUGCUUUCCUGUUCGCACCUGACUCCAAACAUAUGACCAAUCUGGGUGUUGAUCAUCUGGUGCUCUCAUGCUCUUUGUUACAUUAAUCAUGGAAGCAUGGUUUUAUAAUAUUCUUAACUUUAUGACAUAUUAUGCAAGCAUGCUACAAAGCAUCUAUUUUUAGUAGUGAAUCUUUAUGCUUAAAAUAAUAGAAGUAUUUACUCUGUAUGGUUGUUUGCAAUCAUUAGACAUAAUGUGAGUUAGAUAUUUCUGUGCCUUCGCUUUUAACAAACGCCUGCCCCGCACACUGUAUCUGUUGCUGUGCCCUGUCAAAUGGAGCCCGAAUGACAAUUAAACAAACUGUGCAGUAAAUAAACACACAGAGAACUGGCUCAUCGUGAUGUCAGACUCAUAUGUUAGACAUCCACAGCCCUUCCUCUAAUGUCUUUCCUGUGUACUUACACCUAAAUGUAACAAACAUUUACAUGAAAAAGGCCCAUUCCACAAAAACAAACAGGUGCAGGCUCACUCAGUAGAGUGAAUGACCACUGUUUCCAUGGUGAUGGUUGAGAUGACUGGGUGGCUCACAUUUGAUGCACACAAGUAGCCUAAUUUGUAGAGAUUGAGUCCUUAAAGACUCAAAUAACAUAUUGCAAAUACUCACAGGGUUUACAAUCUGUUCAUACAUUCAUUCAUUUUAUCCCCUCCUCACCUGUGGCUUCACUCGGCUGAAUUAUUAAAGAAAUGAUGUAAACAGAAAACUAGAUUUUGGGCCUUUCAGUCAUCAUUCCUCUCUUUCUCACAGAAACAUGCACACGUUGCAGCAAAUGACAAAAGACGGAGACGAAACUAACAGGUGAAACUAUGGUGCUGUACCUGUGAUGUGCAUGUUCACGUCAGCUACUUGCUCCCAUGGAGAGGAUGAGUGUGAAAUGUGAACGGAAUAGGAAGGAGCGUGUGACAGAGAGAGCGUUGCGGCAGAGCUGUCAGCCUGAUUGCAACUGACAUUACUAAUGAUGACUGUAGCACUCUGCUCCCUCACCUCAUGUCCAACUUCAGACCAAAUAACUCUCUUUAACUCACAGUCAAAUGACCAUUCAAAGCACUGUUCGUGAGCCCCGCUCUGCUCUUGUGAGAGGAUAAAAUAUUCCUCAGGCAAGAAGGCUGCAGUCCUAUCCUGUCAAUUAGAAGUUGCCCAGCCAGAUUAGGCGCUCAGCACAUGUGUUCGUUUUUUUUCAUUUCAAGGAGUGUCCCUGUGCUGGAGUCUUUUGUGCAGAAUGACAAUGCAAAAGUGGCAGUUGGGUUGAGACAUCCUUUUGAGGAUGUGUUCAUCUCUGUGAUUCUAUAAAUAUCAUCUUGAACACGCAAAGGGAGGGUCUGGGCAAGCAGGAGAGGCUCAGUUACAGCAUUGUAUUUGGUCAGAUGGUGUGUUGGAGUCCUGAGGAACAAACUUUGUAACAGAAGAGUCUGGCUUACAGGAAAGUAUACAAAACACUGGUGUGUGGGAUUUUUGUUGCAGCCCAGCCCUUAAUGCUGCAUGGUAAUGGAAUAAAAAUGACAAAUGGUCGUAUGACUUUCACUACUGAAGGCGUUAGAAACAGACAGAAAAGACUAGCUAGAUAUAAAAAUUUAAAAAAGGGGGGGGGGGGGGGGUUACACAGUGAAGAGUGAAGAUUCAUUAAUAUUCAUCACACAUCAGUCAGACAGCAGUGAGUACCGAGAAAUCUUUGGAAUUGAGCCUCUCAUUAUUGUGGAUUUUCUAAAACAAGCCAUAGUCUAUUUAAAUGGUUACAACUAUUUUCUCUGUUGGAUGAAUGUUAACUUAUUACUAAUUAUCUUAUUGCUUUUUAUAUCUUGUCUUCUUAUCUUCUGAACUGCACUUUAUUUAUUUUUCUGAAUUAAAUCCUCUGCUGUCUAGCGACCAUGCAAAUAAAUUUCAGCAUACAAAAGGACAUGCUCAAAUACAAUUUCCAAAAGCACAAGUUAUAAUGUUGAGUAACCAUUUUCUUUAAGCACAAUAUGCCACACAAGAGGUUUAAAGCCAAAUACAGACACAUUAUUUAAUUUUCAGAAUAUUCCCCCUUCUUCAGGGAAUGAAUCACCUCUGUCCAACCAACUCGCACAGGUCUGUAUACUGCCCUUACUGUGUCUGGGGAAAUGUUUGUUUUGUAAAGUUUCAUACUUUGUACCAGUUGACUUUGUAGAAUAUUAUCUUUGUGGUUUCCUGUUGUUCAAUGCAUGUAGCGCUAUUUAAAACUUUGACACACUGAACUUGUAAAUAAGCUAUAGGAAAAUGUCUAUGAUGAGCAAUUUUGAAGCAAUUUUACUGACUGAUGCUUAAUAAAAGACAAUAAUCCAG